AUGACGGUCAAGGAGUGUGAAGAUCGGAUUACACUGAUUGAAGGAUCUUUGGGGGAAGUACAUGGAGAGAUCUCAGCAAUCAAGGUGGGCUGUGAGAGAAUGUCAUCACGGCUGGGAGCUUUGGAGACACAGAUGACAUCGUUUGCUCAAAUCCUUUCCCGUAUUGAGGUUAAUACUUCCUCAGGACAUGGACAAACUAGCGACACAAAAUCAUCUUCGCCUGAUUCUUCUCAGGUAAACCAGCCUCUUCUUGACAUCGAAGCUAAAUCAUUAGGGUCUCAGGGAAUAUCCGGUGCCUUGGUAACUCGUGAUAGCAUGUUACGGAAGAUAGAUAUGCCUGUGUUUGAGGGUCGUCUGCCUUAUGGUUGGAUUUCUCGAGUGGAACGAUUUUUUCGUUUGGGUAAUUAUGCAGAGGAAGAGAAGCUAGGACUGGUUUCUCUUUGUUUGGACGGCGCAGUGCUUAACUGGUUUAAUGGCGAGAUUAUUUCAGCUCCAUUCAAGGAUUGGACACAGUUUAAGCAGCGUUUGUUAGAGCGAUUCACCCCUGCUAUUGAAGAUGAUCCAGGAAAACGUUUAUUGUUUUUACAACAAACUGGAGACAUCGCUGAUUAUGUGAAUGAGUUUGAAGAACUAUCAGGUCAGGUUAGUGGAAUGGACGAGAAAACGUUGACUAAUGCUUUCUAUAAUGGGUUAACACAAGAGAUGAAGGAGGUGAUUAAAUUGAAGGACCCACAAGGUUUGACAAAACAUAAAGCUGCGGUGAUGAAGAUGCAAUCUUCUGUUUUCUGUAAAGUAAUGGGAGAGAGCAAGCAAGAGCUCUCCAAACCGAGUGGCUUUCGAAACUUCAAAACCACUACGAUAUCUCAGCCAUUGAAAUCAACUUAUGGGCAAGACAACAGGGUGGGAACCGCAGUAAAACAGCUUGCUUGGGGAAAUAAACCAUUGGAGACAUGA